GGUUACACAGCUUUCUGAAACCGAACAGCAGGGGGCGCCCGACCUGUGGUGGCUUCACCUUUGAGAGACGAUGCUCUGUCCAGCUGUACACAGUCUAUGGUUUAAGCUUAUAAAAGGUGGUUUAAGACUGACUUGGGCUGGAUAUUUUUGUUGGACCUGGCAACCCUGACUCAGAGGAGCUGAGGAGAGCUCAGUGGUUUAAAGCCCCCAGCACGCGGCAGUCUGAGACCACCCUGACCGCCCCUCACAUCCCACGGGAUCAUACCGCACCUUCAUCCUCUCAUAUUCACCACAGAGACAGAGAGUCCUGUACCGGAGCAUCAGCACACAAUGACCACUUAUCCCUGUAGAGGAAAAGCAACGUGGGACCUCAGGACCGCUAAGCUUGCUGUGGCAGUGGCUAUAAUAAAAAGCAAGCCCCCUGGGGUGAGUGGGAGACAGCAUGCAGAAAUCCUGGCCGCCAGACUCAAAAAGCAAGAAGAAACUUGGAAAGCAAAAGCUGAAGACCUCAAGGAGGAAGUGUUACAACUUAGACAAGAACUCCUGCUCACAAAGCUGCUGUCAAAACCAAGAAAAUCUGCUGAGGCUGAACGCGGUGAUGAUGUGUUAAAGCUUCUAUACCAGGAUCCCACUGAUGCCCAGCUUUCAGAGAGUGACUCUGGCUGUGGGACCAGCAACAACACACAGACUCUACAUCCUACACCCGACCUUCUCGAUGUGCCCACCCCAUGCCACACUUCCACAGUUCCCUCAUCUUCCAUACAUUCCAGCCACAGCUGUGUCAGCUUCCCUUGCAGUACUGGCACCCUGGAGCAUGCUCUGUCCAAGCGCAUGCAGUUUCUGCAGCACCUAAGUGGGCUGCGCAGGUGGUCCGGCCCUGCUCUGGUAGUGGACGGAGAUGGUGCUGUGGUCUGGGACUCAGUACUCUAUCUGCUCAGCUCUGUGAUAGAGGCCUUCAAACAGGCCAGUGGCAACAAAGCUCUCCCAGACCCGCCUCUACUCCUGCAGGCCUCCCGGGCGGCAGCACAGGCCCUGGAGCAGGGAAGACCUUCUGCUCAGCACUUGGGACAAAUGGAGGACUCGCUGAAGGAGCUACUUGAUCUACUACUCAGCAACAGUGAGCUCAAUAAGUUUGCGGUGCAGAAGACACUGACGGAGUGCCUGAUCUCUCUGGGAGGCAGCAGCACGUUCAGAUCCGUGCUCGUCAGACUCCUGCUGUCCCACAUCAACCACCUGGCCGGGCACCUCUGGACCUCCUGUCAGGGUUCCAGUGAUGGACAGCAGCAGCAGCAGGUUCACUGGAGCAGGUAUGAGAACUCUAUCUACCUUUUCAGGCUCCUGGAGCAGCUUGCUGUAGUCAGGCCGGGAAGAGGAGCGGAGACCGAGCACAGGGACCUCCAGGCCCAGCUGGAGAGAUAUGUCCUCCCUCUGUCGGACGAAUUUCCCCUUUUUGCUCUGUACUUGUGGAGAAUCGGAGCACUUUUUAAUCCCACGAGUACCGCAGGGACCUCAGCUCAGAGCUUCUCUUCCCAGAGUACUUUUAAUCCCUAGUGGCACCUUCACCCUGUCAAAGUGAGAUUACAAUCAGACUGUGGGAUUUAGAGAAGUGAAGUGACCGACUACAGAUUGACAAAAGGUCUGUACAAGUUUAAAGACUUAAUGGACAUGUCUCCUGUAGCAAAGCUACGAGAAAAAAAGUUCCCAUCCUGUUCUGAUGUGACAUUUGAAAGAGAAAAAGUCCUGUCAAUGACAAAUAAACCAGUGUGGUUGUUUCUCUUAUAAA